UUUGCGAAAUAUAAAAAAUUUAAAAAUAUUUAUAUAUUACUUAAAACAUUUAUAAACAAACAUACAUGUAAUUAUGUUGCGUGGCUGCUCGAAAUUCACGAAUUUAUCUCAGAGUGUAAUAAGACACCUUCCGCUGAAUCCAACGCAAUUCAAACGUUACAUAGCCGAUAAGUGUUGUCCCCCACAAGCAUCAGAAGACACCGAAAAUCCAGCAGACUCCAAGCAUUCUUUCAAAAAUGACGCAUUCGCUCCACCUGACGUCGUACCGCUCACCGCAUAUCGGGCUUUGGAUGACCCAAAGGAGGUGCUCGGUCCAGGCGCACACAAAUGUAAAGACUACAAGAACCCAGAAUAUUUUGCCUACCACCGCUUCUCAUUCUAUGAACUGCAGAACGUCGCUUUGAAUCUGGCUAAGCAUUCGGAAGGCGGUGUGCUGUACGAAGCAGAGAGUGGUGCAGAAAGCGACGAGGAAUGUGGCGAACAAAAUAGUGCSACAGRAACUGAGAAAUKUGAGAAAAAAGAARCCGAAACGSAAUGUGAAAAGAGCAGUGAAGAUAAGGCGAAGGAGUGAAGAUGUGUUCGGAGAAAGAGAAAACUGGAAGCGAAUUUUCACUUUGAAKGAAGAGAAAGACAAAUUUAAAUAAAUAUAUUUGCUACUGU